UCAUGUGAACGUGGAUACAUUUUUCGUACGUUCAAGAAAAAAGUGUAGUGCUUUAAGACUCGUUUAUUUCAAGACAUUCACGUCGUUUCCGUUGAAAAAAUUUCAUUUGCUGCAUGCGAGAAACAUGUUUUUUCAUGUUUAAUUGGUACUGUUUGCCCUGUCGACCAUAAUUGCUCGACGGGGUUGCUUUCAGAAUCUGUUAGAAGACGGUGCAGUAUCAGGAAAACAACGAAACGAUGGGAACUUAACACGAGUUUUCUUUCAAACGGAAGGAAACAAGUUUUUUGUGUCGUCUCUUCCAAUCGAGGCUAACUUUAAAGUGAACUUGCUAUGGCAUUGGACGCGUUCAAAGGUGUCUUCCGUGAGGAUUCUUGGGCUACGCCAUUACUAGCCAUGUCCGUCAUCACUCUGUGCUCGCUUUUAUUGUACACAGUCAUCUGCUUUUGUUUUUGGAUCAAACCGUCUUCGUCAAGGAAAUCAUCCCUCCUACCAUGGUUGCAAAUCCCAUUUCUAUUCGGUUUGAUUUUUUUGGCUUCAAUAUCAAUCGUGGCUGCUGUUCCAUUGAACGAUGGAUCGUGCCGGAUGCUUUUCAUCGGACCCGGAGUCGCUUACGCUCUAUUGGCUGCAGGAUUGCUGUCCAGGAUCAUCCAGCACACAAUGCGAGCCCACAUCUUCCUUCAAUGGUUGUUAAUCUUCUUCGUUGUGUUGAAUCAACUCGUAAUCAGCAUAGCCUACGUCCUACGCAGCGCUCGAAAGAUCUGCGUGCUGACCAUUCACGACCAGUUAUUGAUGAUGCUGUAUCCAGCUUUACUAAUUGGCGUCGUCUUAUUGCUGGUCUAUCGGACAGCUCGACGAACUCGAUCGCAAUGGAAGUCACGAGAAGCAAUUCAUGUUGGAUUAGCGGCUACGUUCAGUGGAGCGUUCGCUGGAUGUUGGUUGGGGGCGGCGUGCGUCCUUGGUGACGCUCUUCUUUCUUCUUGCAUCGGUUUCGGUUGCCUAGUAACGUGCGUGAUCGUUUCUCUAAUCGCUUUAAUCCCGAGGCAAGAUCGGACAGAUUCCAACGACGAUAGUAUCUACUCGCAAAAAGAAGAAGUUAUCUAUCAUGAGGAACGUGAUCCGAAAGAUAUGCAUAAAAUUAUGGACUACAAAAGCAGAAGCUCUGAGAAACUCAACAUGAGCGAUCCAGAAAUUAUUAUAGUGCCUAUUACCACUGAUGGGCAAACAAUCCCCGAUAUAGCUUUACAGGCCAUAAACAAAGCUCGCAACAGUCAGUAUCACCUGAACUACGGCGGUAAGAGGAGGUCACGUGAAUACGUAGACGGUAGUCGGCAUCAUCAUCACCACCAUCAUGGAGGGCAUCAGCGAUCGCCACAUCGUUGGCAUAAUAAACUUCGCACAGACAUGAGCAUAGGCCACAGGACUAACAAGACCUUUAGGUCACGAAAAGAGAUAACCGGUCGUGGCACAACUAGGAAUAAUCCCGCCGACAAAAUUCAUCGAACACCUUACAAUCAUCGAGGCUGGCUUUACUGACGAUUUAAAAAGAAAAAUUAAGAAAUUAUUCAAGAAAC